GUCAAGCCCGCAGCGGCUGAACCAGCCCCCGAGCACCCGAGUCUCCUCUCUUUCCUUUGUGUGCGCGCGAGCGGAGUUGGGGCGGAGGGAGAAGGGGGAGGUCGCUCUGUCUGUCUGUCUCCCGUCGCCUUUGCCCCGGCUGCUUGAAGUGCGGGCGCGGAGGCGGGAGUCCCGGGGAGGGUGCGGGCAGCUGGCCGCGCUGCUCGGGGCCGCUGGGUCUCCGCUCGGUCUCCGCCGCGCGCCGGGGAGCUCAGACGGCAGGAGGGCUCGGCUGGAGCCCCCAACCGCUCGCCCGCCCGCCGAGGCCACCCCUCGGUCUGCCUCCGCUCCCACCUACUCCCCAGCACCCGGAGAAAAGCGUGCAAAGGCGCGGAGAGGGACGGAAACCACAAAUAAAUAGCGGCGGCAGCAGCGCGUCAUCUGGCGGAGCAGGAAGUGCAGGCAGAGUCCGGAGGCUGCUGCUUUCUGCGCGUCCCCAGGACUUUGCCAUGGGCUGGGGGCCGCGGAGGCUGCGAGCGGCCGGGCGAGGGCAGCGGCGGCGACGCACGCACCGGGGCUGAGCGAGCAGCGACGCGUGGAGCGCGCGGAGAUGGCCGCGUCCAGCAACUCCAGCCUGUCCGGCUCCUCGGUGUCCUCCGAUGCUGAAGAAUACCAGCCUCCCAUAUGGAAAUCAUACUUGUAUCAGUUACAGCAAGAGGCACCUCGUCCCAAGAGGAUCAUUUGUCCUCGAGAGGUGGAAAACAGACCAAAAUAUUAUGGAAGAGAGUUUCAUGGCAUCAUCUCCCGGGAGCAGGCAGAUGAGCUUCUAGGAGGUGUGGAGGGCGCCUAUAUCCUUCGAGAAAGCCAGCGGCAGCCAGGAUGCUACACAUUAGCUCUGAGGUUUGGAAACCAGACUUUAAACUACAGGCUCUUCCAUGAUGGGAAACACUUUGUGGGCGAAAAGAGGUUUGAAUCCAUUCACGAUCUGGUGACAGAUGGCUUGAUAACGCUGUACAUAGAAACAAAAGCUGCUGAAUACAUUUCAAAAAUGACAACGAACCCCAUCUAUGAACACAUUGGAUAUGCCACUUUACUCAGAGAAAAAGUAUCCAGAAGGCUGAGCAGGUCUAAAAAUGAGUCAAGAAAAACAAGUGUCACAAACGAAGAGCACACGCCGGUGGAGAAGAAACAUGGCUCCAUGAACAGCAGCUACCUCUGUUGGACAAGAGAGCUCCUGGGUCAUCAGCAGAACACACCAUGGAAGCUGGAAACAUGCAAACCUGAGGAAAGGUCCUGGAAGUUAUCACUGAAGUUUAGCCAUGGUACCUUCAUACUGGAAAGACUUGAUGACCUUGCAACACUAAGGUUUUCACAGAUCUCCUCCUUGGUUCGAAGGGCUGCCCUUACACACAACGACAACCACUUCAACUAUGAGAAGACACACAACUUCAAGGUCCACACGUUCCGAGGCCCACACUGGUGUGAGUACUGUGCCAAUUUCAUGUGGGGACUCAUCGCACAAGGAGUCCGGUGCUCAGACUGUGGGUUGAAUGUACACAAGCAGUGUUCCAAGCAUGUUCCUAAUGACUGCCAGCCUGAUCUCAAGAGGAUCAAGAAGGUGUACUGCUGUGACCUCACCACUCUCGUGAAAGCUCACAACACUCAGAGGCCCAUGGUGGUUGACAUAUGUAUUCGGGAAAUUGAAGCAAGAGGUUUGGAAAAUAUUCCCUACUACGGACUGAAGUCAGAAGGCCUGUAUAGAGUCUCUGGGUUCACAGAACACAUUGAAGAUGUCAAGAUGGCAUUUGAUAGAGAUGGGGAAAAGGCAGAUAUAUCUGCCAACAUCUAUCCAGACAUAAACAUCAUCACUGGGGCUCUGAAACUGUAUUUCAGAGACUUACCCAUCCCUGUCAUCACUUAUGAUACCUAUUCCAAAUUUAUAGAAGCAGCAAAAAUCUCCAAUGCAGAUGAGAGGCUGGAAGCAGUCCAUGAAGUGCUGAUGUUGCUGCCUCCCGCCCACUAUGAGACCCUGCGCUACCUAAUGAUCCACCUCAAAAAAGUUACUUUGAAUGAAAAGGACAAUUUUAUGAAUGCAGAAAAUCUGGGGAUCGUGUUUGGGCCCACCCUGAUGAGGCCCCCCGAGGACAGCACCCUGACAACCCUCCGUGACAUGCGGUACCAAAAGCUGAUUGUGCAGAUUUUGAUAGAAAACGAAGAUGUUUUGUUCUAGUCCAACAAAGAAAUGAGCUGAAUGGCCCCAGCCCCAUCCUAGUUGAUAGAUCAAAAGGAAUAAAAACAUUUCUUACACUUGAUUUGUUUUUCAAACAAGUAACAGAGUUUCCUGGACCACAACGGAUCGCAGAGUCGGGUAAUGUGUCUCAUAGACACGCCCUCCUCUAUGCGAGAACAGGGUGAGGGCAAGAGAGCCCCGGCCUUGGGUCUUUCGCUGUGCCUCGUAUGUAUGUCUGUUUCGCUGGAAGAGUGAUUAAUACAUCUUUCUUUAACUUAUUAAAAAACAACGUAGACCUUUAAGCUUCAAUCUUACCAGUAAUAAAAGGGAACUUAAUUCCUAAAGGUACUUGAUACAGUUAUAAAUUUUCCACUUACAGAAAGAAGACAAUUCUAUACGUUAAAUGUUAAAUGAAACCUAUAUUGUAAAAUGUAUUUUUAUUUCAGCUGCAAGAAUGUUAUUUUAUUUUAACAAAUAGAACUCAAUGCAGUGCAUUGACUAUUACCCUGUGUACAUUGUUCUGCGUUCUUGCUGUGAUGCCCUGGAAGUUUGACCACAAAUGCAGUGUUAUCUUGACAUACCUCUCUCCUUUUUAGUGCUUUUCAAUGAAAUUUCACCUGCCACAUUGUCCCUGCUUUUGAUAGUUUUUGCACUUAAGCACUAGCAUUCUGCUAUCAUAUAGUAUAAGUUUAUAACAAUUAUAGGAUGGUCCGAAAUAUCCACAAAUUGUCUUUCCAUAAAAAUUUUGUGAAUUCCCGAAGUAUGUUAUCAAUUGGUCACUACCCUCCCAUGUAACGAGUGUGUAACCUAGAACAUGCAGAAUGUGGUCAUUUUGUGUAAAAUUAUUUGAGGACAGUGGACGUAUCUGGGCUAUGAAAAACUUUAGCACUUUUUCCUCUUUUCAGCAAAACACUCCAAACUCAUAUGUUAAUUAUAAGUUGAAUUUUUGCCACAUUCGUGUAUUGACAAAAAGUGACCCUGCAGAAUAAUUUUUGAAUUUUUUCAUUUUUAUCUUAUCAACAAACCUAUUUUUAAAAGUAAAGAAUGAGUAAGGUUGGUUUUUGCUAAAUAUUUGUUCAUCCUUGAGAAAAGUAGUUCUGUAUGAGAAAUAAUUUCAUAUGAUUUUAUUACUAUAGUUCCAUCCUGUUGGUUAUAUUUAUCUCCGCAUGAGCCUUUCACACCAAGAUUUCUAUAUUUUGUAACAUAGGUAAAAUAUUUAAAACAUCAAAAACUGUACAUCUAGAUUUUUAAAAAUCCAACUGCAAUGUCUUUCCCUGAUUGUCUGAGAUAGAUCAUGUAAUUACUCACAAGUCUUGUUUUGGAGUGACCAGAAGAGUCGUGCCGUGUGUGGUGUGGCAUGAGAGGAGGGGCACCAUGCAGCUGUUGUCCUGGGAAGUCCCCAGGGCCCUGCAGAUGGACUCUGUUGUCAACUGGGGGUCAGAAUCAUUCAGUCUGCUCCCUACUGUUAGCCUUCCUCCCAACUGUACAGAUUUGUUUGUUGUAGCUUAUGUACUUCUUGAUACUGUCAAAAAAAUUAUCUGGAAAUGGUUUUAUUUUGUGAGGUGAACGAUACUUUGUAAUUUAUGAUAGUGUAAAUGGAAGGAAAAGCAUUACAUGUAUUAAAUUCUUCUGUCUAUCAU